AUUGUCUUCGCCUUUGCAUUUUGAAUUCAACCAAACACGACACAAGCAGCAGUUUAGCUUUGCACACACUCCCUUACUCCACACACACUGUGCUCUCACUCAUUCAUUUAUUCAUUCUCUGCUUCCUUCAUCUUCUACUCUAGGGUUUGUUUGAUCUCCACAAUCAUAAAACAUGUUCAGCUUCUUCAUCAAGAAAGGCGUCAGAAAGACCCUCAAGCGCAAAGACAGCGAUGCUGGAGAAAUAGGAAGAGCUUUGGAAGACUUCAGAGCUUCUCUCUUUAAUCAAUUCCGUUCCUCUGAAGGUGCAAAGCAUCAACAGCAGCACAUAUGUGGUCCAGCUAUUGCACUUUCCUUCAAUUUUCUGGUUGCAGUUGGUAUUAUUUUCAUGAACAAAAUGGUGCUUCAAACUGUUCAGUUCAAAUUCCCUAUACUUCUUACACUAAUUCACUAUGUAGUGAGCUGGUUCUUAAUGGCAAUACUAAAAGCAUUUUCUUUUCUUCCGGCUGCUCCUUCCUCAAAAUCAACUCGAUUGUCUACUUUAUUUACUCUUGGAUUUGUUAUGUCUCUAUCCACUGGCUUUGCUAAUGUCAGCUUGAAGUAUAAUAGCAUUGGUUUCUAUCAGAUGGCAAAGAUUGCAGUGACACCAUCAAUAGUUUUGGCAGAAUUUGUAUUGUAUAGGAAGAAAGUUUCUUUCGCAAAGGCAUUAGCAUUAACAAUGGUAUCUAUUGGUGUUGCUGUGGCAACCGUGACUGAUCUUCAGUUCCAUGUAUUUGGUGCUUGUGUAGCAUUGGCAUGGAUUGUUCCCAGUGCUGUAAACAAAAUCUUGUGGUCUAGACUGCAGCAGCAAGAGAACUGGACUGCUUUGUCGCUAAUGUGGAAAACUACACCUAUUACUUUGAUUUUCCUGGCUGCUAUGUUACCCUGCCUAGACCCUCCAGGUGUUCUCUCCUUCGAUUGGAACUUCAGCAAUAGUAUGGUGAUUUUUGCUUCAGCUAUUCUUGGAUUCUUGCUUCAGUGGUCUGGUGCUUUAGCACUAGGAGCUACCUCAGCAAUCUCCCAUGUCGUCCUUGGGCAGUUUAAGACAUGCGUCCUCCUUCUUGGAAACUAUUAUCUCUUCGGAUCCAAUCCUGGCAAAAUCAGUAUCUGUGGCGCAUUCACAGCUAUUGCCGGUAUGUCUGUCUACACUUACCUUAAUAUGAGGCAACAAUCAAACAAGCCAUCUCCUCGACAGGCUUCCGUUUUGCCAAAAUCUAAACUUGGCAAAGAAAAUGGCAGCACCCAUGAUGGACAUUAUGGGGCCGAAUCUGUCUAACUAAAUGCCUAACUCUGCAUUCCAUGCAGUGUUAUGACACAUUAACCAAACAUUUUUUGUUCUUUCUCUUGUUUCCAAGAUUCUGAUCUAACCAUCUUGGGUGCUCAUGGUGAUGAGUCAGCUAUAAUAUGAUCAAGAAGAGAUUUUCUAGGGUAUAUGAGUCUAUAUUCCACUUGGCAGCUAUAAUACAUGAUCAAGAGAUUUUCUAGGGUAUAUGAGUCUAUAUCCUCUUGGCAGCUAUAAUACAUUAUCAAGAGAUGUUCUAGCUUAGGGUGUAUGGGUCUAUAUUUCACAUGGCAGCUACUGCUCUUAGAAACUUCAAACUUGGAACACCAAGUGUAUAUGAAUGAUUUGGUGGAUUCCAUGCUAGAACUGGUUUUUUCUUCGGCUUUUAUGGUAGGAGCUACGGCUGCAUUUUGUUGUAACAGAGAACAGAAAUUGCUAUAGGGCUUUAAUGGCUUUCACAAUUUGCUGUAAUUAGUCAUUGAGCUUUUAUGACGACCAUAUUUUAAAAUCCUAUACAAUUCAUUCUCUCCAA